UGUGUAAUGAGACCAUAUGUGGGUAAUCAGGCACAGGUCCCUUCGGCAAGUACAGCUCCGUCAUCAUCACCAACAUGGCUGCUACAGGCCAGAGAUGCAACGCCAGCGCAGUUCGUCCUCGUUCCUACCAAGACGAGAGCUAUCUUCACGGGUUUCUUGAAACUGUGGGUGACCUACAAAAGGCUGGGGUACUACAAGAUGUUAUCCUUGAAGUCGAGGGCCGGCGGUUUCCAUGUCAUCGGCUUGUUCUGUCCGCGGCCAGCCCCUACUUCAGGGCCAUGUUUACAAGUGGCAUGGCGGAAAGUCGGCAGAAGACGGUUAUUCUACAGGGUUUGGAAUCAGACAUUUUUGGGGAGAUCCUGAGUUACAUCUACUCGGCAACCCUCCAUGUGUUCCUGGACAAAGUGCAGCCCCUGUACCAGGCAGCCGACCUCCUCCAACUGGACAAUGUGAGAGACACCUGCAGCAGCUACAUGGCCAUGAACGUACAGCGCUCCACCUGUGUGGACCUCUACAUGUUUGCUGAUGUCUUUUCUAUGGACAAUGUCCUAAAGCGAUGUCUGAAGUACAUCUGUAGGCACUUUCCCAAGGUUGCCUCCAGAGAAGAUUUCUACAGCCUGAGUGUGAAUCAGCUGAUUGAGAUCAUCAGACAUGAUGAGCUGGAUGUUAAAGAGGAGACAACAGUGUGGGAGGCUGUGGUGAGAUGGGUGCAGCACAGCAGGGAGGACAGACUGCACCACUUACCAAGCAUCCUCCCUCACAUCCGCUUCAACCUGCUGACCCCGUACAACAUGGUGGCCAUCUUGGAUCACCCUCUGGUCAGGGAGGAUCCUGGGAGAUCUGCCAUCAGGAAUGUGGUAAAGGAGACCGCCAAUGAGAAGAGGAGAAUUGGGAUGGACACACAGGAAAUGGCCAUGAUUUUCCCAGAGGACAUUUCGGAUCUCAAGCCUGGAGAGCAACGAAUGCUGUUUUGGAAUCCACGGGCAGGGAAAUACAUCAAGUGCAGCUAUCCUAAAGAAGCCCUCUCGUUGGCCCAAAGAACUAUAACAGUUACCAGUGACAACGAUAUCUACAUCCUGGCGAGGGAGGUGUCGGAUUUUAGUCAGGUGACUGUGUUAGAGUUCAACAAUGUAGGUAAUGUGUGGCAGCCUGCUGGUUUACCCCCUGUGCGUUGGCCUAAAACAGUCCACAGCCAUCGCCUGGUAGAAGUAGAUGGGGUGUUAUAUUUGUUUUCGGAAGGAUGGACGGUGAAGAACGAUAGUGCAAGUGUAUGGGUCCAGAUGACGAAGUACAACUGGUACAUGGAUGAGUGGCAGAAGUGUUCAAAGCUGGAACUUGGCAGUGAAGUGAUAAUGUCUGAAUAUCUGCCUGUGUCAUGUGGUCCCCAUUUCUAUUUGAUCAUGAACACAGACAUGUAUCGUUACGACCCAAGCCAGGACCGCUGGUGCAAGCGGACUCCACCGAAAUUUAUGCCUGACGUCUGCACAGCCGUGUCACUGGGAACAGAGAUCUUCUGCACAGACAGACAGUUCACCAAGACCAUGGUGUACGACACAGAGUCUGACCGCUGGCAGGUACUACAAGGUUGGCCGAACCUAGACCCAGGAGAACGCCCUGUUAUCACAGCUCCCAGUCUUUUUAUACUGGACAACCAGCUGCACGUAUGGUUAGAACCCUAUAUCGUUGACACAGAUGAGAAAGAAGACCAUCUCGUAUAUGUGUAUGACAGGUCUGCAGAUGCUUGGAAAGACUUAAAGGCAACCCUGCCAUACAAUCCCUACUCGUCAGGCGUCCCCAUGAGCCCUGUGGCACGGAUCUACCUGCCUGGUCUCACUGUUUAUAAGGAUGCCAACUAACAGUGACACAGAAAACAGUGGAUAUGAUUUUGGAAAAGGUC